AUGUCAUCCAGCCCAGCCGCCCUCGACGGCUUCUUGAAUCCCAUUGAAAGCCGCCUCUCAUGCUACGGCCUCACCAACAGUUCACCGAUCCCAGACUCCAAGAUCAGAUCCAUCGUGGAAUUCGCCAUCAAAAACGCCCCGUCAGCAUUCAACGUGCAAUCCGCACGUGCCGUCAUCCUGCUUAAAGCGGACCAUGAGAAACUGUGGGACAUCGCCGACAAGCACUUGAAGGCCGCGAUGCCAGAGCCUGCGUAUCAGGCCUUGGCCCCUCGCGUCAAGAUGUUCCGCGCUGCGUACGGCAGUGUCCUGUGGUUCGAGGAUCAGGAUGCGCUGGAUGCGCUGAAGGAGAAGAAUCCCGCCAUUCAGGCUUCCGUGGCCGAAUGGUCACAUCACUCAUCUGGCAUGCACCAAUUCAUUGCGUGGACGGCCUUUGAACUGGAAGGUCUGGGCUGCAACCUGCAGCACUACAACUUCAUGCCCCAGUUCUCGGCCGAGGUUGCCAGUGAAUGGAAACUUCCAGAGAGUUGGAAGCUGUUGAGCCAACUGGUCUUUGGCACUCCGACAGAUGGGCUGAAGAGGUCAAGAGAACGCACUUACCUUCCUGUGGAGGACAGAGUGAAGGUCUUCGGUGAGAAGUGA